CCGGCUCGUCUCCUCCACAGCGAAAGGACCAACCACACGAAACCAUCGAUCCCAUCCGUUUCCCCACCGACGGAAUCACCAGCCGCCGGCCUGGUUGAUCGCCAUGGCCAAGUACGAUUACGGCUCUCCCUCUCCCUCUCCCUCUCCCUCCCCACCGCCGGCCGACAUACACGCCAACCACCUGCAGCGGGCUAGCCUCUCCGAUCUCCUCCUUCACCUACACCGCAGGGCGAACUCCGGACCGGCCGACGGCCACUCGCGCCACCGCCAGCAGCAGCAGGUGCUACAUGCGAUUAACAUGGACCAUCGGAUACCACCGGUGAGGAUGCCAGAUGGUACUACUCGCAGGUGUGAAAUUAUGUGCGUCGGGCCUCAUUGUCCAGAGGCGCCUGCCGUGGCUUACCCCCGCCACCGCUACCGUGCGGCUACACCUUAUGACCGCCCGGAGAACCAUGUUUGUUGGAGCAGUCGGCCUCGUCGGCAGUCUCCCGCGCCGCAUGACCAAGGGGUUACGAAUGUUGUAUGUGUGGCCAAGAUGAUCUCGCCAGUCGACCCUCUCGAGGAUGAUGAGUUCUACCGGGACUUUUUGGAGAAUGUCACCGAAGAUGCGGGCAAGUUCGGUGACCUGGUGAAGGUGGUGAUCCCACGGCCCUGCCCUGGCAUCGGCGGCAGGGCUACUCCGGUGGUUGCCGGAGUCGGGAAGGUGUUUCUGGAGUAUGCGCACGUUGACGAUGCUGCCUGGUGCAGGAGGAGGAUGGAUGGGUUGCGGUAUGGUGGGAAAGAGAUUCAUGCUGAGUUCUUCCCUCAGUCCAAGUUUGCUGCUGGAGAGUAUGAGUAGGACACUUGGACGGAUGAGAUGGUUGUUGGAUACUACAUGGUCAGAACUCCAUAUAUUUGCUACUUCCUCUGUUUCAUUUUAUAAAACCUUUUGCAAGCUAAAUUGGCUCACCAAGAAGUCUUAUAAAAUGGAACAUACGGAGUAGUUACUAGUUAAUCUCUUAUCAGUAUUGCCAUAAUGCUGCAUCUACCCUAAUGUGGAAGCACAUUAUUUGUAAGAAAAAAAUGAUGUUGCAAAUAUGUCUAUUAUAUAAUCGGUUGGAAGUUUGGCAUAUAACAAGAAAUUCUUCUUGGUGCUGCCUUUUUGCUAGUCA